AUGUCUAAUAUGGCAGGAUCGGGAACAGCUGAGCUUCGCACAACAGUUUUCAAUGGAGAAAACUAUGAGUUUUGGAGCAUUAGGAUGAAAACCAUUCUGAAAUCUCAUGUAUUGUGGGAUCUGGUCGAGAAUGGGUUCAAUGAUUCAGAUCUGAAGAAGGAGAAAGAGGAGGCUACGGAUACUGAGAAGUCCACGAUGGCCCAAAUUCUGAUGAAGGAUGCUCGCGCACUUGGAUUGAUUCAAAGUGCUAUCUCAGAUCAGCUAUUCCCCAGAAUUUGA